AUGGCCUCCUUCACAGCAUGGCUUUUCCGCAUGUUCGUCACGUACAUUCGUAGAAGCAGACUCGUUUUCGGCAGCGCUGAAAAUAUGCGUAACAAUAUGCGCGAGCUCUACCUCCGGCCACGGAACUUCAAUCCACCCAAGAACCUCGAGCCUGGAAUCACCAUCGACCGCAUUGACUACGGUGCCUGGCCUCUUUAUCGCGUGUCCUCAGCAGGCAACUCCGUCAAGAAGCGUCCUGCGAUGAUGUACAUCCACGGCGGCGCCUUUUAUCGGGAGAUCAACCCCCAGCACUGGAAGCUGGUCGCGCAAGCCGUGCGGGACACCGGACUGGAUGCCAUUGUCCCCAUCUACCCAUUACUUCCGCGACCUGGGACAACGGCAGCCGAGGUCAUCGAUGGUUUCAUGGAUAUCUGCAGUAGACUUGAACAGCCCAUUGUGUCCAUAGUCGGUGACUCGGCGGGCGGUAUGUACACUCUAGCUACCAUGCAGCAAUUAUUGAAGCAGCAUCCUGAGCUUGCGAGACGCAAUGACCCGUGGCUGGGGCUGGAUGGCCUGCGUCAGCUCCUGCCGCUUCUUGGGCCAGGGUUACCAGCUCAUGAUCCGAUAGUCAGCCCACUGUUUGGGGACAUCGAGACGUUGCCGCCUGUCAUGCUGCUAAGCGGCACAUAUGACAUGCUUGUAGCGGAUGCACAACGAUUAAGCGCCAAGUUCCAGGGCAAGGGCACUGAGAUUUGCAUGCCUGGGAGUUUCAAAAACGACAAAUUCACUUUUAUUGAGCAGCCGGAGAUGGUGCACGUGUAUCCGCUCCUGCCGCAUCCGGAAGGCGCGGAGGCUCGGGAAACGAUUAUUCACUUCCUCAAGCAGCAUACUGGCAAGGCUUCAGUAGACAAUUAUCACUGA